UGAAGAAUCAUCAACUAUGUUACUCUCUGUUACUCCCUUUUACCACCCUCCCAGUCCCAUGGAAAGAGAGCCAAGUAGUAGUAGUGGUACUACUAAAACUAGUCCUAAUACUAAUACUACAUUAAAUCCUAUACUCCCUCCAGGUUUCAGGUUUCAUCCAUCUGACCAAGAACUCAUAGUUCACUACUUGAAAAACAAAGUGGCUUCAAAGCCUUUACCAGCAUCAUUCAUCGCUGAUAUCGAUCUCUAUAAAUAUAAUCCAUGGGAGCUACCCAAGAAGGCUGCAUUUGGGGAAGAGGAGUGGUACUUUUUCAGCCCCAGAGAUAGGAAGUAUCCAAAGGGAGAAAGACCUAAUAGAGCUGCAGGAUUAGGUUACUGGAAAGCCACUGGAAUUGACAAGCCAAUUUUCAGCUCUUAUGGAUUGUCAAAGAAAAUUGGAGUGAAGAAGGCUCUAGUCUUCUACGCUGGUCGACCCCCAAAAGGGGAAAAGACUGACUGGUCAAUGAAUGAGUACAGACUACUAGACUCACCACCAAUUAACAAGUCAUCAAGGUUCAAAGGAUCAAUGAGAGUAAGUGAGCUAAAAGAAUAUAGGUACCUAAUAUAGAGAAGAAAAAAAAACAAUCAAGUGUG